AUGAUAUUGGGACCCACUGAAUAUUGCACAAUACAUUGUGUGUUCAAUCAACUGGAAAUGCUGAAUUCUAACUCUCGUCCAGAUAAACAUUCAAUAGUUACUAUCAUGACCAAUCAUAUAAGAGACGUCGAACUGAAAGAAUUCAUCCAGGACUCUAUAGACGAAUGCUUCGACACCCUCGAACUGGACUCACAUAAUAACAAAUGCGAAUUUUCAAAAAAUUUCGCAUUGUGCAUGGAGAAUAAAGCUCAAAGGAAUUGUGACGAUUGGGAUGAAAACUUGUCCGUGAACAAAAUCAACUCUGCCAGCUUCCAAGAUGGAACCAACCAGCAAGACAAAAGAAAAGGAUAUUAAAAAAGUUUGUUCGUAGAAUAAAUAUUAAUGUGAUUGAUUGAGUUAUUUCAACUAUUUAUUAAACGUUUAAAAGUCGUCAUUAUUCUAUAUUGUAUUGUAUAUAAUAUUAUAUAUAUCGUAACAAAACGAAUUUCCUUCGAAGCCGAACGAUUGGCGCGCUACACAGUCGUGAUUUUCUCGCUUUCCGGCAGCCGCACUAGCCGGCGGGUGAGUAGCGCCGUUUAUAUUACGCAAAUAGUAAUACGCUUAAUGAAAUACUUUGAAGUACCCUAGUUUCUUAUCAUAUUUGCMAUUUUUAUCAAAAAUAUUUUUAUACUCAUAACAAUUUAACAAUCAUAAUACUCGUGAUACAUUUAUUUCGCAGUUUUUGUCGCAUUCAGUCUUGUGCCUAACUGAUAUUAAUUCUUGGAUCAUAUUAAUAUAAUAUAAUACGCGGUGGCGUGUAGUGGGCUUAUGUUACAAGUCGAUAGUCAUUAGUCAUUACUCUGUAGUCUAUAUAUCUUACCUACAAUAAAACUAAAUUUAAGAGUUAGGUAUUUCAAUACCAUAUCUAAUAUUUGGUACAUUUUCAUGUUUAAAAAUCGUUAACAAGUUAUAGCUGUAGUUAACAUAUUAAGGAAUUGUUUCAUUGACAUUUGUCGUUUCCAUCUAACAAUUGCGUAACACAGAAAA